UUCUAUUUGUGAGUAGACGACUGCAUGCAUGUGUCUAAUUUGAUGUCAAAGAAAUACGAAAACAGUAGAUCUGUCCAUUUACGCCAGGGGGCGUUAGAAGUAAUUGGGACAUACUUUAAUUAUCCAUAGAAAUACUAGCACCGCGACUCGCUCCCCCUCAAAUGGUUGCGCACUCGCUGCAGUGAUUGGAAGGUUUUGGUCUAGAAUUAUCUCGCAUCGCGUAGGACUGGGUAUGUGCGCUUGAUCAAAUGACAUAUUUAGAGCCUGAAUCAGAGAAGGAGAGCAGGGCCGACGUAAAACCGCAUUUUUGGAAAAUACACCACAUUUUGCAACUUCAAUACGAAAUAUAGAGAUAUAAGGGAGUGCUCGCCCGGAACCAAAAGGAUUGGCCAAAUCUGCUGGAGAAAAAGGUCUCCAUGGUGCCAUGCUGGAUUUCUGUCUCCAGUAUCAAUAUGUUCUCUAUCCCUAUGGAUCUGUAUGACCCCCAGCACCAACGCUGGUCUCUCAACAAGCUUCUUCAACAUGCCCCCGCACCAUGGAUCCCCCAGUGAGGGUUUCCAACAGAGGUAGCCUGUGAGAAGGAAGAUUUGAGUGUCAUCCUACCCAUCCUCCCUCACCCACUCGCCUCUCCCUGCCCCGUACAUAUUCACCCGCACCUCCACUCCCCCAACAGGGGAAAACUAUGCUCCUGUUCUCCCUGAGCUGAACCAGGAAGGGACAGGACGGGGCACACCAUCAGAGCCCACAGAGGUGACCACCAGUGACCAACAAGCUCCCACAGAGCGCAGUCUAGCCCAGUCAAGUCUCCACAAGUCACUGUGCCAGGAUGACAGUGCUUCCCUUUUACAUCGCUGCGGUGGGAGUCUGCAUCCUACUGGUGAUCAGAGCUGAAUGUAUUCAAACUGGUCAGAAUCCAGACCACAUGCUCCAUGGCACCGGGCACAAGCAUGAGUCCAGGAAGCACGGGGACGACUCCACGGUGGCCCCAGAGGACGCCGCCCGCUUUCUGAGCUGCUACUGCUCGGGCCACUGUCCAGAGGACCACAAAAAUAACACCUGCGAGACGAAUGGCCAAUGUUUUGCCAUCAUAGAGGAGGACGAUAAUGGAGAAGCUAUUCUGACUUCUGGCUGCAUGAAGUAUGAAGGCUCACAUUUUCAAUGCAAGGAUUCUCCCAAGGCUCAGACAAGGCGAACGAUCGAAUGCUGUGGGACGGACUUCUGUAAUCGGGACCUGCAGCCCACGUUACCUCCCCCAAUGGACACUGGUUCCUACUUUGGCAGUGCCCACUGGCUGGCGUUCCUUAUAUCAAUGACUGUAUGCUGCUGCACUCUCAUCUGCAUCACGGUAGUCUGUUACUACAGGUACAAGUGGCAGACGGAGCGGCAGCGGUACCAUCGGGACCUGGAGCAGGACGAGGCCUUCAUCCCUGUGGGAGAGUCUCUCAAAGACCUCAUCAACCAGUGCCAGUCAUCUGGCAGUGGCUCUGGGCUCCCCCUGCUGGUGCAGCGCACCAUUGCCAAGCAGAUCCAGAUGGUGCGUCAGAUCGGCAAGGGGCGCUACGGCGAGGUGUGGCUGGGUCGCUGGCGGGGAGAGAAGGUGGCCGUCAAGGUGUUCUUCACCCGGGAGGAGGCCAGCUGGUUCAGAGAGACCGAGAUCUACCAGACAGUCCUCAUGAGGCACGAGAACAUACUAGGUUUCAUUGCGGCAGACAUCAAGGGUACUGGGGCCUUCACACAGCUCUUCCUCAUCACAGACUACCAUGAGAACGGCUCCCUGUAUGACUACCUGAAGUUCACCACGCUGGACACCCAGAGCCUGCUGCGACUGGUCUACUCUGCUGCCUGCGGCCUGUGCCACCUCCACACAGAGAUCUAUGGCACCCAGGGCAAGCCGGCCAUCGCCCACCGAGACCUAAAGAGUAAGAACAUCCUGAUGAAGAAGAACGGCACCUGCUGCAUCGCCGACCUGGGCCUGGCCGUCAAGUUCAACAGUGAUACCAACGAGGUAGACGUCCCUCUGAGUACACGGGUGGGGACCCGGAGGUACAUGGCCCCAGAGGUGCUGAACGAGACCCUGAACAAGAACCACUUCCAGGCCUACAUCAUGGCUGAUAUAUACAGCUACGGUCUCAUCAUCUGGGAGAUUGCCCGCCGCUGUAUAACAGGAGGUAUAGUGGAGGACCACCAGCUGCCAUACUGUGAUAUGGUACCGUCAGACCCGUCCUUUGAGGACAUGCUGGAGGUGGUGUGUGUCAAAGGGCUGCGGCCCACCGUGUCCAACAGGUGGAACAGUGACGAGUGUCUGAGGACCAUGCUGAAGCUGAUGUCUGAGUGCUGGGCCCACAACCCCGCCUCGCGCCUCACCAUCUUACGAGUCAAGAAGACCCUGGCCAAAAUGGUGGAAUCACAGGACAUCAAAAUGUGAUAUUUUACCCCUACGUACUCAUCACAGCCCGACCGAGAGCCAGAACUCCCCAGUGUGUCCUAAUGUCAUGAUGCAGAAUGUCACCUCUGUUCAGGAGGCGGGGGAGGAGAAACGGGAUGGGAGGAAAAGGAUCCUGUCACAGGGCCUUGGGCAUUGAGCCUCAACCCUCAUGAAUCUCUAUAACCACAACGGACAGAUGCUGCUACAGAGGUGUGUUUUGACUAAAGGAAACUGUGUAGGUUCACUCUCCCACCUAUUCCCUCCCUGGCCAGAGGCGUUCUUGGUUGUAGGAUGCAACGUGCUGUGAUUUAUGCUUUCUGUGAAAGCCAAAACAUGACAUGGUGUGAGGAGGGGGAGGCCAUGUUCCUGCUCACAUGUUGAUGGACAGAAAGUUAUAUGAUGUAGGAACCUUAGAGCCACACUUCAAACAGACACUGGCCUCGCAAUCGUCACCACCCGCCAAUUAUGUUCCAUUUUUGCCUGUAAACAGUUUAUGCCAAUUUCUUUCUCUUCAGGACAGUCUUCUCCUGCCAUAUUGAAAUAUAUAUCUUGACUCUUAAGUAGAGUAAUUAUGAAAUAAGGUACUAUCAUUAUAUGUGAAGUUAUAUGUAAAUAUAUUUGAUCGAUAGAUGCUGUGCCUACAAACAAAAAAGAACUAUGCCGCAAUGGUAUUCACGUCCAGUGGGCUUCAAACGCAACCUGCUUCAAGAGCUACAAGCAAUCCAGACAACCAAGGACAUUGUAAGAGGGGAGACCCCACUUGCCUUAAAUCAACGACUCACUGUGCUUCCUACAACAAACUUCAAAUCAGUAACUUCUCAAAAAAUCUAUGUUCUGUCACAUUUGACAUGAAAUGGAUGUCUGGGGCAAAAAAUAUUUGACGCAUAAUUGUAUUCAGAAGGAAAUGUGUAAAUAGGAAGUGGAUCUGUGUCCCGUCCUGUCGCUAUGCUUUCCCCUAAUUCAUAUUUGUUCCUUUCUGUGUAUAUACGGUAUGUCUUCUGGGAGGAAAGUCCAGAACACUAAACAUUGAGUCUUGUCCACAUUCAUAGAUAUUAUAAGCUGAAUUUCCCUCCAGCUCUUCUCUAUUGCUUUUAAUUCCAUGCUGAGUUAUAGAUAGAUAUUCUAUAAGUGGCCAACUUUCAUAUUGCCAAACAUCAUGUGAGCUCGGCCAUUGGACUGUGCGGUAAUGAAGACUUGUUCAUUGCUAAGGGUCUGAGCAAUUGAUUAGUAAUGGUUUGUCUUCUAGGGUACUCCAUGUCCAUUGUCAGAGGUUUGUCAUAGUGCUUACAAGAAGUCCACAUUAGUUUGGAAAAUAUGCCAUAUUUUACUAACUUAAAGUACAAAUAUAUAGCUUACUCAAUGCUAUGGUAAAUGACAGUUACUUGUGCUAAAAACAUUUGGAGCUGUAAUGCCAAUGAAGUUUGUGUUGAUCCAUCAAGCUUCCUCAGGUGUGUGUGAGAGACAGAAUUACGGCCAAGUACAGAGUGAACAGACACUGAAGUGAAACUAGUUAGACUGUUUACUUCAGGUUGUUUCAGGACACAUGCAAAUAUAUACACAUCCGCAGGUUUCCUUAGUGAUGUUAUCUGUGGGCCAGUGCAGUGGGCAGAGCCAGCUCAUUGAAUACCAUUUACCACAAGAGCAACUGCAUUUCUACAUUUAGAUCUUUCACUUUUCAUACAGGACAGAAAAGGAAAGAUCUGAAGUGAGAACUUAAAUAAUGUCCUCAUCUGAACCACUGUCCUUACCUCUUUACAGUCUGUUUGCCAGUGUAAUGAUGACGAGGAAGCCUUGUCACAGAUUGUGCCCCUGAUAAAUGAUGGUUGAACCUCUUGCAUAGGAUCGAUGUCUUGGCCAGUGUAUUCUUCAAACGUUCUCUUCCAAGUCCCUGCUCCCAUUGUGUCUGCUGUCUCUUCUGUCUAAUGUUGGCUUUUGCUUCACUUGUGUCCAUACAAAUGCAUAAAACAACCUAUCUUGCAUAGCUUUAGCAGAGCAGUGCUUGUGGGUUUGCGCUCAUGAUGUGUGCACAUGUUGGUUAAGUGUGCAUGUCUGCUGAAAUCCUGUGUGUGUGUGUGUGUGUCAGGACAGUUUCUCUGUGAAUUAAGCUAACAGUACAUGGUAGAUAUUUAAGAAAAAUACUUCACCCAAGCAGUAACUAGUGUUUUCCUCUCUUUGUAACAUGCAAGAAAACCAUAUAGAAUAAUCUCUAAUAUGUAAAUCUUUAAUGUGUUUUUGUACAGCAUCUGGUUAAAAGGUGCCUUUAUGAGUUUACCAAGGAAAGAAAACUAUUCUGUAUACAGCCUGUCCAAUGUAUCCAUUUUUAAGUAAAUAACCUUAUUUUACUACACAA